AUGUCUGCCAUCCUAGAUGUGGAUGAACAAUUACAGCUCUUGUCAUCAUUCCUGUGGCUGGAAAUGGUCUGGGAUAACCCGUUUAUCAGCUGGAACCCAGAGGAGUGUAAGGGCCUUACGAAGAUCAGCAUGGCAACCAAGAACCCGUGGCUCCCAGACAUUUUCAUCGUUGAGUUCAUGGAUGUGGGUAACCCAAAAGACCUCACAGCAUAUGUAAGUAAUGAAGGUCGCAUCAAGUAUAAGAAACCCAUGAAGGUGGCCAGUAUCUGUAACCUGGACAUCUUCUACUUCCCCUUUGACCAGCAGAACUGCACACUCACCUUCAGGUCCUUCCUCUACACAGUGGAUAACAUGCUGCUGGGAAUGGAGAAAGAAGUGUGGGAAAUAGCAGACACGUCCCGGGACAUCGUUUAGACCCAUGGAGAAUGGGAGCCUCUGAGCAUCAACAAGGCCACCCCGAGAAUAUCUGUGGCCAUCAGGCGUAGGCCCAGCCUCUAUGUGAUAAACCUUUUGGUACCCAGUGGUUUUCUGGUUGCCAUUGAUGCCCUCAGCUUCUACUUGCCAGCCGAGAAUGAGAAUCAUGCCCUGGUCAAGAUAACACUUCUGCUGGGCUACAACGUCUUCCUGCUCAUGAUGAAUGACUUACUCCCCACCAGUGGCACCCCCCUCAUCAGUGUCUACUUUGCCCUGUGCCUGUCCCUGAUGGUGGCCAGCCUGCUAGAGACCAUCUUCAUCACCUACCUGCUGCACCUGGCCACCACCCAGCCCCCACCCAUGCCUCGGUGGCUCCACGCCCUGCUGCUGCACUGCACCAGCCCAAGGAAAUGCUGCCCCACUGGGCCCCAGAAGCGAAAUAAGGGCCUGGGACUCACCCCCACCCACCUGCCUGAUGAGGGAAGUCUGAAGGAGCCAGAGGUGCUGGCAGGGCAGAUGCCAGGCCCCAGAGAGGCGGAACCGACUGGAAGCUCAGGAUGGCCAAGGGCCCAGCAGGAACAGGAGGCCCGGGAGCAGCCCUCCGUGGAGCUGUGGGUGCAGUUCAGCCACGCGAUGGACACCCUGCUCUUCCGCCUCUACCUGCUCUUCAUGGCCUCCUCCAUCCUCACUGUCAUCGUCCUCUGGAACACCUAG